CCUGGGCUGAAUGGAGUGCGCCGUGCGUAAAGUCCGAACUGCAGCGGAUCCAUUCCCCCCCCCCCCCCCCAAAAAAAAAUCUCCUUUCGUGGUUUCUCCUUAGUGUCCGAUCGCCGUCAUUAAUUCGUCGAACCGAGUCGAUUAAAUGCAGCGAUGACGCGAGAGGAGGAUCUCAUCCGGAUGGCAAAGAAACUGGACAAGAUGGUGUCUAGAAAUAACAUGGAGGGCGCCAUGGACCUGCUGACUGAACUGAAAGGUUUCAACAUGACUCUCAAGCUGCUCCAGGAAACGAGGAUUGGCAUGUCGGUGAACGGGAUCAGGAAGCACUGCACAGAUGAGGAAGUCAUCGCCUUGGCCAAGGUCCUCAUUAAAGACUGGAAAAGACUUCUGGACUCUGGCAACUCCCACGCGGAGAAACCGGCUGAAGGGAAGAACGGAUUGGACUCCGACAAAACAGCGGUGUCUCCAAACGGCUCAACCUGCGAGACACAGAGUAGUCACAGGAGACUGGAUGUCAAACUGCAGCGUGACUCAGACCCUGAUAAAAACCACUCUGAUAAAAACAGAAAAGAGAAACAUAAGGAUGAGCACAAAAAUAAAAAGACACAUGCAGAUGAUGUCGGGGACGAAAAGCACCUGAAGGAGCUCCAAAAUGAAAAACAGCCACAAGAAAUCCGAAAAGAAAAGAAUUUAGAAGAAUCCAAGAAACAGAAAGCUGCGGAGGAUCUUCAACUGGAGAUGGAUAACAAGAAACAGAAGCAUGUGCAAGCAAUGCUGAGUGAACGACACAAGACAGAGCUGAAGAAAGAACGACCAUCGGAAGAACCAAAAAAGACGAGACACACGGAAGAAGCGAAAAAGGAAAAGCACCGCGAGGAGCCCAAGAAGCACGGCUACGUCGGCGACCCGAAGAGGGACAAGCGCAGAGAAGAAAGCAGACACGAGAGGCCGGUGAACGCACCGCAACCAGAGCGACCGCCGAGCGAACCCCAGAGAGAGAGACCCGCUGAUGCUCACAGGCCGAUGUUCGAGAGGAGAGGAGUCUUGGAUGGCAGCCUUUUGUAUCCCACCCGGUUCCCCUCUCCUCCCCGACCCGCUCGGCCUCCUCGGCCUCCCCUCGUGAUCAAACGGCCCUCUUUGGACGUGAAAAAAGACAGGAAGGACGGUAAAGACUCUUCCUCCCGACAUCCUCGUCCUCACGCGUCCGGACCCGCCUCUCCUCCGGCUAAGCAACAAGCUCCACUGGAAGUAAAGAAAGAGAGGUCAGGCAUGCUUUGGAAGGAGCCACUUGACCCAAAUGCUCCGAUAGCUCCUCUCCCUCUUCACCUUCAUCCUCCUCCACCAAGAAAAGAGCCUCCUGACCCCAACGCUCCUCUUCCUCCGCUGCCUUUUCACCUACACCCUCCUCCUCCUCCUCCUCCUCCUCUGAAGCGUCCCUCGCUGGACGGGAAAAAGGAGAAAGAGAGGAAGGAGUCACUGGAAUCAAAACCCCCCUCCCAGAAGAAAACACCAGAUCAUGUGAAGAAAGACAGGAAGGACUCAUCGGAAAGCAAAGUGUCUAAUAAACACUCCGAUGAAGUCAAGAGAGAAAGGAAAGAUUCCUCUGACUCUAAACCACCACCUCCCAAAAAGCCCAGUCUGGAUGUCAAAAAGGAAAAACACAGGAAGGAGUCCUGCGACUCGAAGCCGACUGGGCAACCUGUGAAACGUCAUUCAGCGGACACAAAACCCGACAGACGGGAGUCCACCGAUUCGAAGAAAAGCAGCUCACUACCAGCAAAGAAACUAACUGGUGAAAGGAGAGAGUCUCACGGCUCGAAGACCUCUCAGCCUGGACCUCCACAGAGGAAGCCCUCAUUUGACAGCACUGAAAGAAAGGGAAAGCUCGAUGCCCCUAAAACUCCCACUACUCCAACCAGCCCCAUGUCACCCAGCUUCAGUUCUGCCGGGGGUCCGCUCUCCCCCCACCUGGCUACUGGAGACUCUGUGAGGGACAAGUGCAUUGAGAUGCUGGCGGCUGCCCUGCGCACAGACAAUGACUUCAAAGAUUUUCCAGCAAACUGUGACGGCAUGGCGGCAGAGAUUGAAGACCAUAUCUACCAGGAGAUAAAGGCGACUGAUAUGAAAUACAAGAACAGAGUCCGCAGCCGCAUCAGCAACUUGAAGGACCCCAAGAACCCUGGGCUUCGCAGAAACGUCCUCGCAGGGAGCAUUGAUUUGAGCCGCCUAGCCUCCAUGUCUGCUGAGGAAAUGGCCAGUGACGAGCUGAAACAGCUGAGGAACGUUCUCACCCAGGAGGCCAUCAGAGAGCACCAGAUGGCCAAAACUGGUGGCACCUCCACCGACCUGCUGCAGUGCGGCAAGUGCAAGAAAAGGAACUGCACCUACAACCAGGUGCAGACACGCAGUGCUGAUGAGCCGAUGACCACAUUUGUCCUGUGUAAUGAAUGUGGUAACCGCUGGAAGUUCUGCUGAUGCAUUCGGAUGAAACCCAAGUUGGUUUUUUUUUGAGCACAUUGAACUGAGUUUUUUUUCUAUAACAGGAGGGUAGAGAGUUUAUAAAUGAUUGCAGCUAGUGAUUUAAAAACAGUGUGUUCUUACAAUUUUUACUUGAAAUUUUGACAUUUCUAACUCUUAUUAAUAGCAAUAAGUGUUUGCUUUAUGUGGAUUUGAAGACAUUAAAAUCAACCCAGUUGGAAGACAUUGAUAAUUACCAUGGUGCUCUCAUGAUGGAAAGACAAUUGUAAUCCAGUUAUUUUGCUGUCAUAUUACAGCGGUUCACUUUGUAUAUAUGGAAUUCCAAUAAACUGCUUAAAUCAUCAGAAUGAUAGCCUUUUCAACUGUUUAAUAAAAAUAAUUGACAGCCUC